GUGCUUUUCUAUGUUUAUACCGCUUUAUGCUUAUGGGAAAGUUAAAAGAUGUUUGAUUUGAGUAGAAACUGGUGUAUCUAGGACAGAAGUACCUGGAUUGAAAACGCCUAUAGUGUUCCACUGCCGAUGAACCAACUUAUACUAAAAAGGUGCUGGAUAGUUCAGUAGGGAAACUCCUGCUGGCUUGCAGACUGCUUUUUGGUUUCUAUCUAGAAAAUGUUGAAGAAGGAUGUUUGAUGGCACAGGCUUAUCAGCUUGACAUCUGUUGUUAAUAAGAUAUUGAAAAGUGAUUGUAUGUUAGAACUGUAAAAGAUGGCACCCAUCUUGAACAAGAAGCCUAUUGCCGCCCCGUCAUAUCCAGAAGCAUCUGUGGGGCCAAUCCAGGCCACAGCCACAGUAGUCAUUCAUCCUGGAUCUAUGUUUCUUCGAAUCGGCCGUGCCUCGGACACUAUACCUCACACGAUACCUCAUGUCAUAGCACGUCGCCGGAAAACAGUUGGAGCAGUUGUGUAUGAAGACCCAAUACUUAUCCCAACUGUAGAUGUGGAUCCAGAGGCACAAAAAGUAAUGGAAGAAACAAGAGUUAGUGUGACACGGGUGUUGUCAUCAUGCCUAACAUCUGAAGGUCAACACCGGCAUCCUGUAUCUUCAGAAAAGAUUCAAGAAUACAACAGGGUUGUAAAACCAAAAAUAUUGGCAGGAAGUUGUGAUUUACACUGGACAAAAGUUGAUAUAAACCAGGAGUUCAUGAUUGGAGAAGAAGUUUUAUACUUGAAUCCUUCAGAGAAGUUUAAUGUACACUGGCCAAUUAGGCGAGGACGUUUUAAUUUACACCCUGGUGCUGGAGGAACUCUAACUAGUGUUCUUAGUGAUCUUGAAGUAAUUUGGGGAAAUUGUAUUCAACAGUACUUGGAUAUACCCUUGAAAGAUUUGAAACACUAUGGGGCAGUGCUGGUUGUUCCUGAUGUAUAUGAUCGCCAGCAUGUAAAAGAGACUGUUAACCUACUGCUGAAUAGACUUUGCUUUUCUCGUUGCUUCAUACAUUUGGAAUCUGUGUGUGCUACAUUUGGUGCUGGCCUAAGUUAUGCCUGUGUAGUGGAUGUGGGAGACCAAAAAACUGUAGUGUCUUGUGUUGAAGAUGGUAUUUCACAUGGAGAAACUAGGCUAUGUAUGGAGUAUGGAGGAAGUGAUGUCACUCAACUCUUUCAUUUCCUGUUGAAAAAGUGUGGCUUCCCUUGGAAAGAUUGUAAUCCCUCUCGUCGAACUGAUUCCUUACUUUUACAAGAACUCAAAGAAAAUCUUUGUCACAUAAACUUGGAUAUCUUUGGUAUCCAGGAACGAGCUUUUCAGAUUAAACAACCUGAAUUACCACUUCUUCAGUACAAGAUAAAGGUAGGGGAUGACUGUCUAGUGGCACCUCUUGGUUACUUUCACCCAGAACUGUUUGCACUCACAGGAACAAAGAAGGUCUGCACUUUGCAGCGAUCAAGAGGCGAUCCUGAAGAUCCUCACGAUGAAGAUUAUCUUCUACUGACUCAGCGUCGAGGAGCUAAAGAUAUGACAGAUGGAGGUCAGGCUGAGCUAGGAACCCAAAAUGAAGACAGUCAGCUGGGUUCAAGUCUGCUUGAUGAUGAGAUGGACACUAAUGAAACAGCUCCCUCUGUUACUCUUCAAGAAACUGAAAGAGAACUACAAUGUGAUCAGCUUUUAGGAGUAGACCAAGCCAUCAUUCAGAGUAUUGAUCGAUGUGAUUCAGAUGACUUGAAAAGGAAGAUGUUCAGUUGUAUUCUUGUUGUGGGUGGAGGUCUGUUAUUCUCAGGUGUUGAGACUUGGUUGUACAACAGACUGUCAAUGCAGAUCCCCAUUCUCUACAGAGGCGAACAGUUGGAUAUCAUUACGCAGCCUAAGGAUAUGGACCCUAGGAUCACAUCUUGGAAGGGUGCAGCUAUCAUGAGUUGUCUAGACACUGCACAAGAACUGUGGAUAAGACAAGGAGAGUGGCAAAGAUUUGGAGUGAGAAUGCUGCGGGAAAGAGCCCCUUUCACUUGGUAAUAAACUAAUUUAAGUUUUUGAAUACCUUGCCAAAGUUGUAAAUAAAAUAUUGUAUCUUCCUCA